AUGUCAAGUUAGUUUGUUUAGGUUAGGUACCAAAGUUCACCUUUUUUAAUUUUAUAUUAUUUUUAUAUUCCUAAAACCUUAAAUUAAUUUACAUUCAAUAAAGUAUUUUAAACAUACUUUUAAUUUCUGUCUAAAGACACAAAAUAAAUCAUUUACUUGAAAAUGAUUAGGGCCCAUAGAAUUCUCACCAACCAAAACAUUACUCUUAGAAAUUACAUUCCACGGAAAAACUUUUCAAAACGGAAAAAUAUCCGUGAUGUUGACUACCAGUACUUACAGAGAAGUAAAGUACCAACAAUGCAUUUUCAGAAGUCCCUGCCACGCUUACCUAUACCUGAAUUGUCGAAAACUGGCGAACGCUACCUAAAUGCAUUACGUCCUCUUUUGUCCAGUGAACAAUAUUCUACAGCAGAGCGUAGAACGAACGAUUUUAUAGCAAAGGAAGGUAAACUCUUACAGGAGCAGCUCAUCGCUAAAGACAAAAGGAACAAGCAUACAAGUUACAUAUCGGAAUACUGGUUUGAUCUUUAUUUACGUGAUCGGAUUCCGCUCCCGAUCAAUUACAACCCUUUGAUUGUGUUUCAAAAUGACAGUAGACCCGCUUAUAAUAACCAGUUGGUGAGGGCUACAAACUUGUUGAUAAGUGCAGUUCGCUUCAGGGAGUCACUGAAAGAACAGAUUCUAGAGCCAGAGGUGUAUCAUUUGAAUCCUAAGAAGAGUAACACUGAAUUCUUCAGAACCUUUACAGGAUUUUUGCCUGAAGCUAUUUCAUGGUAUGGUGCCUACCUCAUGAAGGCCUUUCCUUUGGAUAUGAGUCAGUUUGUGGGAUUAUUCGGAGCGACAAGAAUCCCUCAGUUAACCAAAGACAAGAUCUUCAGGGAUCCCAGCAGCAGACAUGUGGUUGUACAGAAAAAUGGGAAUUUUUAUAUCUUUGAUGUGUAUGAUUCUGAUGGUAAUAUAUUAUCGCCUUCGGAGUUACUCGGCAACCUGUCACGUAUCGUCAAUGACCCAACUCCUAAAGCUGAACACCCAUUGGGUAUACUCACCACUCAGAAUCGUGACGAGUGGGCCGAACAACGGAGACACCUGGUGGAAACUGGUAACGGAGAGAUGUUGCAGAAGAUAGAUUCAGCCAUCUUCAACUUGGUGUUGGACGAUGUUGUCAUUGAUGAUGAUAAACACAUGAUUUUGAGACAUUUCCUUCAGGGCGACUCGAAUAAAUGGUUUGACAAGUCGUUCAGCCUCAUAGUGACCGGGGACGGGGUCGCCGGUGUCAACUUCGAGCACUCGUGGGGGGACGGAGUAGCGGUGCUUAGAUUCUUCCAGGAUAUAUACAAUGAGACCACAGGAAAACCUUACAUACAUCCAGAUUCGAAACCUUCCGAAACUAAUGUCACUGUCAGUAAAUUAGAGUUCAAUUUGGAUGAUAAGUCGAAAGGUUUCAUCGCAAAAGCGUUGAAGGAGUAUAAGGAUUGGUGCGACACUCUGAGUAUAGAUUACAUUCUCUAUGAAGGCCUGACCAAGGAGGCCUGUAAGAAGUUCAAGGUCAGCCCAGACUGCAUCAUGCAGCUGGGAUUCCAGGCUGCAUAUCAUUUGUUGUAUGGAAAGUAUGUUGGGACUUACGAAUCAUGCAGCACGUCCGCUUUCAAGCACGGCCGGACGGAGACUAUGAGGCCAUGCACUGAUCACACUAAGCUAUUCUGCGACAAACUCCACUCGAACAACUCGUCCAAGGACGAGCUCCGAGCGAUCAUGGCGGAAUGUUCCACGUACCACAGCCAGCUGGUCAAGGAGGCCGCCAUGGGGGAGGGAUUUGACCGUCAUCUCUUCGCUCUCAUGAAGACAGCUGAAGAGAAUCAGACGAGGAAACCGGAUAUCUUUGAGUCGUACGAGUACAAAUAUUUGAAUAGAUCAAUAUUGAGCACGAGUACUCUGUCAGCGCCGAGUGUUCUAGCCGGUGGGUUUGGGCCGGUCGUUAAAGAUGGAUUUGGAAUUGGGUACUCAGCAUUCCCCGACAAGCUGGGAGCGGCCGUCACCAGUUACAAGCCACACAACGACAGCUCCAAAUUCGUAGAAGCUUUGCACAAAUCCUUUUUAGACAUCACGAAGAUAUUGUCAGGAUAAAUAUGAAAACUAGUAAAUUAUUUGAGACAGGGACAAACAGAUAUAAAUUAGUUGUUACUCGAGGAUGCGCGGCAGAGUUUAUAUGUAUAAAUAGUUGGACAUGGUAAAUUAAUAAUGGAAUUGAUAACAUUUCAUUUUCUUCAAGACCUUUAAAAAAAUUAUAAACCUUUUGACAUUUGCCAAAAAAAAUUUUUUUUUUUUAAAUACAUAGUUACAAAAAAAUUUUUUUUUGUUCUAUUUUUGAGGAAAUUAAAAGAUACCCAUAGCAGAGAUGUAACGUCAUCUCUAUGACGAAGUGAAGUUUGUUAAUUUAUCAUUGUUCCGUGGUACAUAGGUACAUGCACAUUCACAUUGUUUUUACUGUUAAUUAUGUAUUUGUCCAACAAAUGUAUUGUGAUAAUGAAGAAAGCUUUUAUCGAUCUAUCUAACCGAGAGAUAAAUUUCAAUCUCGGCUUCAAAUAAAAAAAUGUGGGUGUCUUAAUUAUUGUUAAAGUUUCAUAUUAGCUUGUAAAAAUAAUAUGUAACAAAUUUGAAAUGCUGUCAAUUGUGAUUCUAAUAGUGACAGGUUACUUAACCAUAGACUAAAUAAUUAAUCCACUUAUGUGUGCUGUUCUAUAUUUAUAUUGUUCUAAUUUCUAUGCAGACAGCCGUGUCUUUUGUCUUUGCACGUCAAUUUUAAUAAAUAGUUAAUAUCUUUUAGUUAAAAAAUAUUUACAAGUGAAAUGUUAAUAUAUAUUUAUUUUUAAGACAAAGAUAUUUGGGAUGGGUUUAUAGUAAAUAAUAAAUUAUAUGUCUUAAAUAUUUGUAUAUACGAACAAAACUAUUUUUAUACAAAAAAUUAAAUUCCAUAUGAUAUUUUUCUUAUCGCAAAAGAAAGUUUCUGUAACUUAAAUGUGCCUUUAUUAAUGCCUUUUCAAUGCAAUUACUAUAUCAAGUAAGGUAAUGUUUAACUUUUACACCUAAAUACUAACCUACGCAAAAGUCUAUUUUCUAUGGCGCGAAAAUAUUUGAGCCUAUCAGACCGCACCAUUUGAACCCGGAACUGACCUGCCCGCUAUUAUGAGCGAGAGAGCAGGAGACAUUUUGUUUUUGGAUUUUGAGUUUAAUGCGCUUGUAAUAAGGUCGUUAUUUUAUUGAGUUUCCAUUCGGUUUGAAUCGGCGUUAGGUUGCGCUAUUCUGCGCCGUCGAGUAUUUACGAGACGAAUAAAAGUGUAUUUGUUUUGUAGUUAGGUAGAUAUAGUGGGAUCAUGUUUUAUCUAUCUUUUUAGAGAAUUCUAAACGUCGAAGAAGAAGCCUCAAUUUUUUUUAAACACAAAUAUGGAAUGUAUGAGCGUGUGCAUUUUAUUAUUUUCAUAGUUAAAUUAAACUUAUUUUAAGACUUGUUUUCUUAUUUAUGUAAGUUGGUAAGAAGUGUUUUUAUAUGUACAUCAAAGCAUUUAUAUUGUAAUAAACAUGUUUAAUAC